UCCCCGCCAGCCCCGCCCCGCGGCUUCGCUUUGGCCAACCAGCGACGCCGGCGGCCCCGCCCAUUGAGUUGCCUGUGUAAGAUGGCUGCGGUGUGUAGACGUGUAAAGGACCUGGUCGCUGUAAUAACCGGAGGAGCCUCGGGCUUAGGCCUGGCCACAGCAGAGCGACUAGUGGGGCAGGGGGCCACUGCUGUUCUUCUGGACCUGCCCAACUCGGAUGGGGAGGCCCAGGCCAAGAAGUUAGGGAAGAACUGCGCCUUCGCCCCAGCCGACGUGACCUCAGAGAAGGAUGUGCAAGCAGCCCUGACUCUAGCAAAAGAAAAGUUUGGCCGUGUGGAUGUGGCAGUCAAUUGUGCUGGCAUUACAGUGGCCAUGAAGACAUACAACUUAAAGAAGAACCAGGCCCAUUCCUUGGAGGACUUCCAGCGAGUUCUUAAUGUGAAUCUCCUAGGUACCUUCAAUGUGAUCCGCCUUGUGGCUGGUGAGAUGGGCCAGAAUGAGCCAGACCAGGGAGGCCAACGUGGGGUCAUCAUCAAUACCGCCAGCGUGGCUGCCUUUGAAGGCCAGGUUGGACAAGCUGCAUACUCUGCUUCCAAGGGGGGCAUAGUGGGCAUGACACUGCCCAUUGCUCGGGAUCUGGCUCCCAUGGGCAUCCGGGUGAUGACCAUUGCUCCAGGCAUAUUUGGCACCCCGCUGCUGACCAGCCUCCCAGAGAAAGUACGCAACUUCCUGGCCACCCAGGUGCCCUUUCCCAGCCGACUGGGUGACCCUGCUGAGUAUGCUCAUCUGGUACAGGCCAUCAUUGAGAACCCAUUCAUCAAUGGAGAGGUCAUCCGGUUGGAUGGGGCCCUCCGCAUGCAGGCUUGAAGGGAGAGGGCAGAGAAAACACAUACUUCUCCACCCUUUCUUUCCCAGGCAUACUAUACUACAGCCUGGGAAAGCCAGUAACCAUUUUGUAACUACCCACUCGUCACCUUCUGUGCCUAAUAAAGUCUCUGUUUCUCACAGG